AUGUCCACUGUACUUAUUGCUAUAAUUCUUCUCACUGCGCAAUUCGUUCCGGCUGUCGAUGCCUUUCUUUUUGGUCAACCUAAAUUGGAAUGCAAACCCUGUGUUUGUCAUCCGGAGUGUCACUGUGAAACAAAAUGUGUACAGCAGCAGAUUAUGAACGAAUGUAAUCUUGGUACUGAUCUUCACAAUGCACUUGCUUCACACCACACACAGGCACACCAAACAACUCGAUUUAUUUUAAUUUUCUCGUUAAUCGUCAAUGUAAUUCUUACAAUUAUAUUGUUAUUUCGUAAAACCGUCUGCAAUUGUUAUCGUGCACAUCGACUACAAAAACAACAAAAAAAAGCAGCUAAAGAACAAGCAGCUGCUCUUCAACAAACCAACCGCUAUGCUAUCGCCUUAAAACAAAUGCUUCCACCACGUACAGAACAAUGUUUAUCAGACUCAACCGGUACUCAUACCACAUCGGAUCAACCAUUGUUUCAAUUGCUUUCCAACCUCAACAUUAACAAUUCGGUAUAA